UUUUAAUUGCACAACAAGCAACGCCCUACCGAGACUUUUCCAGUUUAAACCCUAGCGAAGGGUUUAAGCUCGCGCUAAACCAAGCUUCUUCAUGAUCUAUUCGGAAGGUGCAUGCUAAGCUAUGGCCGCUGCAAGGUUAACCUCAUACGUGGCGGUAACAUCCGCUGCGGUGGUUUCCAUGUCCACGUUCUCCGAUCGUGCCUACGCCGACUCUUCCUUCCGAUUCCCUUUCUUCUCUUCUUCACCUUCCAAUGCGCCGUCGCCGCCGAACCAGUCUUCCGACAACAAUUCAGAGCCUCCGGCGCCUGAGGAACCUAACAAGUCGGGUUUCGACCCGGAAUCGUUAGAAAGAGGAGCCAAAGCUCUCCGUGAAAUCAACAGUUCUUCCUACUCAAAGCAGGUGUUUGAUUUAAUGCGAAAGCAGGAGCAAACUCGCCUCGCUGAAUUAGACGCUGAGAGAGUUCACUACGAACUUAUUCAGUCUCAAGGAGAUAUUGAAAGACAGCGGAAAAUGGCUGAAGAACAACGUAAUUUAAUACAAGAGCAAGCCCAGAGACAGGCCCAGGUGCUGCGAUUCGAGGAUGAAUUGGCAAGGAAAAGAAUGCAGACAGAUCAUGAAGCCCAGAGGCUACGUAAUGUUGAAUUGGUCAAGAUGCAAGAGGAGUCUUCUGUAAGAAAGGAGCGGGCAAGACAGGCUACUGAAGAACAGAUUCAAUCUCAGCAGCGUCAGACUGAGAGAGAGAGAGCUGAAAUAGAAAGAGAAACUAUUAGAGUUAAGGCAAUGGCUGAGGCUGAAGGCCGAGCUCAUGAAGCUAAGUUGACCGAGGAGCAUAAUAGGAGAAUGCUUAUAGAACGACUGCAAGGUGAAAGGGAUAAAUGGCUUGCUGCAAUUAACACAACUUUCAGUCACAUUGAAGGUGGUCUAAGGGCCUUGUUGACUGAUAGGGACAAAUUGAUUAUGACUGUUGGAGGAGCUACUGCACUAGCUGCAGGAGUAUAUACAACUAGAGAAGGUGCUAAAGUCACCUGGGGCUAUAUUAAUCGAAUUUUAGGGCAGCCAUCAUUGAUCCGGGAAUCAUCAAUGGCAAAAUUCCCUGGAUCAAAGAUAAUUUCUCAAGCUAAAAAUAAACUUCUACAUAGUAGUACUUUGGCUGGGGCAGAAAAACCUAUUGGGAGUAAAAAUGGUCUUGGAAAUGUAAUCCUCCAUCCAUCGUUGCAGAGAAGAAUAGAGCAUCUUGCACGUGCAACAUCAAAUACCAAAGCCCAUCAGGCACCAUUUCGUAAUAUGCUUUUUUAUGGGCCCCCAGGCACUGGUAAAACGAUGGUUGCAAGGGAAAUAGCGAGGAGAUCGGGUUUGGACUAUGCCAUGAUGACCGGAGGAGAUGUUGCACCUCUUGGUGCCCAGGCUGUUACCAAAAUUCAUGAUAUAUUUGAUUGGGCCAAGAAAUCUAGGAAAGGCCUAUUGCUUUUUAUUGAUGAGGCAGAUGCUUUCCUUUGCGAGCGUAAUAGCUCACUCAUGAGUGAAGCUCAGCGAAGUGCUUUAAACGCAUUGCUCUUCAGAACUGGUGAUCAGUCUCGAGACAUAGUACUUGUUCUUGCGACAAACAGACCGGGUGAUCUUGACAGUGCAGUUACUGAUCGCAUUGAUGAAGUGAUUGAAUUUCCGCUUCCAGGAGAGGAGGAGCGUCUGAAGUUAUUGAAGCUGUAUUUAGACAAAUAUUUAUGUGAUGACAAUAAUGGCUCUAAGGGAGGCUUCUUGCUGAAGAAGCAGGCUCAGAAGAUUACUAUAAAAGAUUUAUCAGAGGAUGACUUGAGAGAAGCUGCGAAGAAAACGGAGGGAUUUUCUGGGCGUGAGAUCGCCAAACUCAUGGCUAGUGUCCAAGCUGCUGUCUAUGGGCGCCCAGACUGCAUAUUGGAUUCGCAGUUGUUUAAAGAGAUUGUAGAUUACAAAGUGGUGGAACAUCACCAACGACUAAAACUAGCAGCUGAAGAUGAAGCAGAUUUAGAAGAAUCUUCCCGGCUUUAUUAAAAUCAUUAGGAGUAGGAGGCUUUAAUGAGUUGGAAGCAGCAUUCCAGCAUAACCUUUCCACUUCAUGCCAAGGAGAAAGAAGCCAUGUUUUUGAGAGCAGAGAAAUCAACAUUACAUUCAUUAAUAAAUUUUUAGUAUACGCUCGAAGUUGUAAUUUAAAUUGCAAUUUUUAUGAAUGUGAUUCCCAUUCGAAUUCCA